GGCUCCGCGGGGCUGUCUGCUCUGGCGACGCAGGCAGGGCUGGCUCUGCCGCAGCAGCAGCGGACUCAUCCUGUCGCUAAGGUCCAGUUAGCCAAGGUGGAGGAUGGGAAAAGAAUGGAGCUGUCCCAGCUCCUCAAUGAGAUCAGGGCAAACUAUGAACAGCUUCUCACCAGAAAUCAGAUAGAGACGGUGCUGUCAACACGGAUGCAGCUAGAGGAAGAUAUAACCAAAAAAAUGGACAAGGAUGGGGAGGCUCUGAAGGCAGCUCAGGCGGAACUCAAGGAGGCCCGCCGCCAGUGCCACCACCUGCAAGUGGAAAUUGAGACUCUCCACGCUGUGGAAAGGGGUCUUGAAAACUCCCUGCAGGCCAGUGAGCAGCAUUACCAGAUGCAGCUGCAAGAUCUGGAGUCGGUGAUUGACGGACUAGAGAGGGAGCUGCAGGAAGUGAGGGGUGGCAUCGAGAAGCAGCUUCAGGAACAUGAGAUGCUUCUCAACACGAAGAUGAGGCUGGAGCAGGAAAUUGCCACAUACCGCCGCCUGCUAGAACAGGAGGAGAUCAGAUACUAUGGUUGUAUCCAAGGCGAGAAAAAAGAAGAAAAACCUGCUACCAGGAGUAAAGUUGGCUUUCUUCUCCCCUCCGCCAUUAUAAAUGAAAUAUCUUUUUCAACGAAAGUCUCACAAAAGUAUGAGAAUGAAAGUGUGGAGACAAUGACUAAACAGCCAGAAUUAAAUGGAAGUGUGGAGGAGAGUGCGGAGGCUCACGGCACCAUUCAGACAGAGAAAGUGGAUGAAGUUAUAAAAGAAUGGGAAGGUUCAUUCUUUAAAGAUAACCCCCGAUUGAGGAAAAAGUCUGUUUCUCUUCGAUUUGACCUCCAUUUGGCAGCCACCGAUGAAGGAUGUUUACAGAGCAGGCGGGAGAAUCUGCCAGACAUCGAAGUAAGGCUUAUCAUGCGAAGAUCAUGUAGUAUUCCCUCCAUCAAGCCCCCACCAGCAACCAACUAACCCAGAGAUAGUAUUUGAUUUAUCAGAGACACUAGGAUGGACCUAGGCUGGCCAUGCUGACGCCCAGUCCCAAAUGUAAGUCACUCCAUACGUAUGGAUAAUGUGAAGAUGCUGUGGGCUGCGUGUGGCUCUCUUCAGAGAACAUGUAUAGUAAGAGGUAAAGUUGCUAGGACUCCAAAGAUGAGCAUAUUUUUUGGAGAGGGGAGUGCUUAAAAAUAAAUCAGAAAUUUGGUGUGAUUUCUGUUUUGUUUGUCAUCCAAAUAGUCUUUAUCCUGGCGAGCUUUUUCAGAGACUUGAAGUAUAAGGUGGCUUGGUUAAGUCUGUCAUUUAACUCAAUGGCUGAACAUCCUAAGGAAAAUGGAAUAGCUUGUCUGAAUACUGAAGAGUUACACAGAGUUACUCCCCAUGGUUUCAGGACCAGCUGAACCUAAAAUGUUUGUUCUACUUCUAAAAAGGCAACAGUUAGGAACCAAUGUUUAUGGAGGGGGUCUCGAUCUUCUCUUAGGAUUUUUCCAUUUGAGACAAUCAUUUGAACUCUGGGAAUUAAGAAAAUUAAGAAGUGGUCUGUCUGUGAGCAAUUCUGAAGUACUGAGUACACCUCAAGGCUAUUUUGAUGAUUAAUAAAAUUGGGGUGCCCUAUAUCUUACAGUUCUUUUAGAAUAAGAAUCUGAUUUGCAGGAGAAUCACUUUGUUGAAAGAACUGUAAAAGUUGUAUCCUUACACACACACACACACACACACACAGACACACACACACACACACACACACACACACACAGAGCUGUACAAACAAAACUUUAAAAGCAAAUGGAAAAUGUGAUUACUCUAGUUACUAGGACAGUUACCCAGUUGCGCACCAUCUGAACUCUUCCAUCUGUAAAAUGAAGUGUGAGUGGCGUUUGCUCUGGGCCUUAGAGAAGGUCCUCCAUGAACUGGGAGAAAGAGUUCCUGCAGUCAUUUAUGUGAACCAACAGCAUAGUAUUGCUAGCUGAGCUAAGAGUUGUCUACAGGACUUGCUUUAAAAAUGUUCAAACUGUAAUAAAUGCAGACGUAAAAUAUAUUUGUGAAUAGAUGACAAGGUGUUGCAACAUUUUUAAAAACAACGUAAUUUGUUUAAUGCAGGUAUAUUUGAGACCUUAAAUAAUAAAUACCUGUUUUAAGACACUAGGUGGUUAUAAGCUUUUUUUUUCUAACCAACAACAAAAAGGAGUACAAACCACUGUUCUUUGUUUCCAGCUGAGAUAUCAUAAGGGCUAUAGCUAUGUUAGCAUUAGCGCAGCCUUCAAAAAUCAACCCCUCCCUCCCCGUCCUCUCUCCACAUGUGUGUGUAUCUGCAUAUGUAUGUAUGAUGUAUGUAUGUAUGUUGACCAGUAAAUAUGCUUUAGCCACAAGGAAAUUAUGUUUAGUAACUUUUAAUAUAAUACAGGGAUUUUAACAUUUGCCUUUUUCUUUCUAUUACCUCAGGUUCCUUUUAGCCUGACUCACUCUAUUUAGUGAAAAGGAAUGAUGCUGUUCUGUCAAGGAUACAGCAGCAUAUUAAGUGCUUAUUCUUGCAUAAGCAUCUGUCCCAAACUUGCAUCCUAUACAUAAAAAUGGUUCUUGAGGGGCUGGAGGCCAGAGCUUCACCUAGCACACAGGAGGCCCUGGGUUUGGACCUCAGGAAAAAAAGGGAAAAGUUUCAUUCUUCAUUAAAUGCUACAACUUUAUUAAAGCUUUGAAAUGCAAUCAUGUAAGCUAUUGUACUGGUUACUGUUCUAUCAACAAUGAUUAUGGUAAAGCGAUACAUCUAGGGUAAUCUACUGCAGUACUGUUUGUUAGUACUGGGCAUUGUGAAUUAACAGCUUGCUAAAGAAAUUCCACUAUGCAGCUAUCAUGUGUGUAUAAUAUGCAGUACUUGAAUUUGUAAAUGAUUUUUGUUUGCUUCAAAGCAUUUUAAAAUCGGAAUAUGAAUUUACCAAAGUAAAUGAUACCGCUAUAAUAAAAAAAAUUGAAACAUGA